AUGUCGGAUUCACAUUCUGUCAACUUCCAAGUGGAACCGAGCCAUCACGAGCAUGACGGCGGUGAUGCACCGGACCAUGACGCUCCCCCCGUUAAUCCAGCUCAAGUCGGUUCAUCGGUGGGAAAUAUGCCGGUCGGUGAGGAUAACGGAGCCGUGCUGCAGCAGCUCCAGAACCAGUUGGAUAUGGCCAUGGCUCAGUUGCAGGCACCCGAUGUUACACCAGCGGAACCAACCCAAGAUGAGGAAGAAAGGCAGGUCCUGCAGGGUAACGAUGGACUCCUCGGGCAGAAUAUCGAAUUGAAAAGAAUGCUCAUGGAAUUGACCAAACGAGUCGAAUCCGGUGAAAAGAAGAUAGAGGCGAACGAUAAGAAGGUGGAGAAUUAUAAUUCGAGGGUUGAUCAAAUACCGGGGGCUCCGCCGGUGCUGAAGGGGCAGGAUUCGAAAAAAUUUGUUCAAAUGCCGUUCCCGUCGAGCGUGGCGCCAAUGAAAAUCCCCAAAAGGUUUCGCAUGCCCGAUAUCCCGAAGUACAGCGGGACAACGGACCCGAACGAGCAUGUAACUGCAUAUACAUGCGCUAUCAAGGGCAACGAUCUCGCCGACGAUGAACGGGAAUCAGUGCUACUUAAGAAAUUCGGAGAAACCCUGUCGAAGGGAGCUAUGCUUUGGUAUCAUAACUUGCCCGAGCAUUCGAUUGAUUCGUUUGCCAUGCUUGCUGAUGCUUUCGUUAAGGCCCAUGCUGGGGCUAUCAAAGUUGAAACCCGAAAGUCAGAUCUAUUCAACGUCAAGCAACGAGACGACGAGACCCUCCGCGAGUUCGUGGCUCGAUUUCAAAUGGAGCGCAUGGACUUGCCACCAGUUACGGACGAUUGGGCCGUUCAGGCUUUCACCCAAGGGCUCAAUUCAAGGAGCUCAAUCACCUCGAUGGAACUGAAACAAAACUUGAUAGAGUACCCGGCAAUCGCCUGGGCUGAUGUGCAUAACAGAUAUCAGUCGAAAAUAAGAGUCGAAGACGAUAAGAUUUUGAGGGCCGCUUCGGUGUCGUGGCACUCAGGUAAAGGAAUCGAUCAUUCGAAGAGGGUAGUGGAUCGAGAUUCCAGAUCAUCCUAUGACCGCAACUUUAGCUGCGGUCGUGAGCCGGAACAAAGAAACGAGGCAUCCGAGGCCCAUCCAAUCCCCGGUCCGAAGCGGGACAAAAGCCUUAUUUGCAGGUAUCAUCAUACUCACGGUCACCGGACCGAAGAUUGUCGGCAGCUAAGGGAGGAGGUGGCCCGUCUGUUCAAUUUGGGGCAUCUUCGAGAAUUCUUGAGUGAGCGAGCAAAAACCCAUUUUAAAAACCUGGAUUCCAACAAGCCGGAUAGACCGGAAGAGCCUCACCAGGUGAUACACAUGAUCAUGGGAGGAACCGACAUGCCCGUGGGGCCAGUGAUGAAGUGCACAAAGAUCUCCAUAACGAGGGAAAAGCGUGUCCGAGGCGAUGACCCCGAGGGUGCCAUCAAGUUCGACGACGAAGACAUGGAAGGCAUUGCACAACCACAUAAUGACGCACUGGUAAUCUCUAUCCUUGUCAAUAAUGUUAGGAUUAAACGUGUGCUGAUUGACCCAAGUAGCUCGGCUAAUAUCAUCCGAUGGAGAGUCGUCGAACAGCUGGGGCUGCUAGAUCAGAUCGUGCCUGCCAUCCGAGUCCUCAAUGGAUUCAACAUGGCAUGCGAAACGACCAAAGACGAGAUCACUCUACCAAUCAGCAUGGCAGGGGUUGUGCAACAUACGAAGUUUUAUGUGACAGAAGGUGAUAUGGGAUAUAAUGCACUGCUGGGCAGACCGUGGAUUCAUCUCGUAAGGGCGGUCCCUUCGACUAUGCAUCAGAUGUUGAAAUUCCCGACCCCAGAAGGUAUCAAAACCGUCCGUGGUGAACAGCGAGCUGCGAAAGAAAUGUUCGCGGUCGAAGAAUCUACUAAGACCGCAAAAGCUCCAGAUCGGACUGAAGGGAAGAAUGUCAAAUAG